GAGCUUUGGAGUACAAGGACGGACGAAAAAAAAGCUUUUAUUGGCUGCUGUAUUCGACACCGCGCAUCCUCCCAUUGCACUUCCAGACCGGAGGAAGCCCUUCCCUUCAUUGUCAUCAAGAUGAACUUGUCCUACUUGGUGGCGUGUGGACUUAUGGUCACGCUGCUUUCCGGGAGGAUGGGAGCGAAACCUUUUACUCAGGCACAGCAGAAGUCUCUGAGAAGUUUGCUCGGCGACGAGCUGACGGACCUUCUGGAGUCGGAGGAGCGGGACCGGCGGUUAGACGCCGUGCGCUCACGGAUGCGCUUACUGCGAGAUUUACGCACGGACACCCGCGCCAGAGGCAUGUGGGCUCGGCUCCUCAACGACCAGCCCGUGCCGAGGAGGCACAAAUCCGGGAGCAAGAAAGCCGGGUCCACGGCGCGGAGUGGCUGCUUUGGACACAAGAUGGACAGGAUAGGGACCAUCAGUGGCAUGGGUUGCUAGUGUUGGAACGCGCGCUUUUUUUUGACGGUGAGUUUUUUUGACCCUUAUAGUGUGGAGCCAUUGGAGCAAAUCAAAAAGUGA